AUGGCUCGAUAUUUCCAGACAGAUUUCUACCAACCAUCACCUUCAACGUUAGAUGUGACUGAGGACGACGAGAUGAGCGUGUUGGAUGAAAAGAUCUUGGAACCUGGGUCGGAAGACCUCGCCGACACCCGCCGCACAUCCUAUGAUGCCCCGGCCUACUCACAUCGGGAUUCCGUCUGGUCCAACUACUCCAAUACCAGCUCCAACCAGUCCCGUUCAAAUUCCCACGUCGGCCAUUCCAUGCUGAACUCAUCCGGUGCAUCGUUCAUGCCUGUUGAUGGCCCACAUUCAACUUCCUUCCCCCAAGCCUCGUGGUCCAUGCCGCGCAACGACUCCGGCUCAUGCACACCGACCGCCGGUUACGAUCAGUACUCGGCCGAAGGGGAUCAGAUCACGAAUGCGCCUUUUUCAGGUGGUGCCGUCGGACCCGUGGGUGCGAUCCCGAUGAACCCAAUGUCGUACCGGGGAAGCAUGUUCGGGCAAUCGGGGAGUGUCGCGAUGUCGCCGCAGUCGAGCCAGGGCUGGAUGCCGGCUCCGAUGGACCUCGCCGACGCCCCCGCGCAUCCCAAUAAGAGCCCUUCUUAUCGGAAUGACUCGCCUUUGAGCAUGCGGCGAGACGGGAUUCGAAAAAAGAACGCUCGCUUUGAGAUCCCCGCUGAGAGGACCUUGAGUAAUAUCGAUCACCUCAUCAGCCAGUCUACCAACGAGGAAGAAAUUAAGGAACUGAAGCAGCAAAAGCGGCUGUUGCGGAACCGUCAGGCAGCCUUGGACUCUCGUCAGCGCAAGAAAUUGCACACCGAGAAGUUGGAAGAGGAGAAGAAGCACUUCACCGCGACCAUCACCGAUUUGGAAGAAGCUCUGCAAAGCAUGAAAAUGCGAGAGGCAGAAUUGCUGCACGAGAAGAGUGAAUGGAUCGGGGCCCACGGGCAAAUGACCCAGUAUAUCGAAGGAUUGCACAUGGAGAAAGACGAGAUCAUUCGCGUACACACGCUGGAGACAGCUGAGCUACGUAAGAAGAACAACAUUCUCAUGGAGACCGUCGACAAGCUGGAGCGGGGUAUCAAACCCGUUCAGGAGACUCUCCCCGGCGACUUCGCCGGCUUCGAGAAUCUUUCCAUGGAAAGCCACUCAUGGGACGAUUUCUCCAUGCAAAACGGUGCACCCAUGCAGCCAGAAUGCCGUCAACCCAUGAACCAGGUCAAAGCCCCGGAGAAAUCCACCUCAGACCUACCCUUCAGCUGGAACGCCUUCUACAUGUGUCUCCUCUUCGGCGCCUUCAUCGCCUCGAACAGCACUUCCAUCCCGGGACGCUCUCUCCCUCAACUCUCCGAAGAGUACCGUGCCGAGUCCGCGAAUGUUUUGAAAGCCGUGCUUGCCUCGUCACCGAAGCAAGGGGUCGCGCACAGCACCGCGACCGCGGUCCCAGCAACGAUCAGCGGCAUGGAGAUGGCGCAGAUGAGCGCCGUGCCAUCGACACUCGACCAGCUGCACAACAACCUUGUCAUGCCGACAGAGCAGCAAGAGCGCGAGCAGGUCUUCUCCCUCAAUGCGAACCAAUAUAAUUCCUUGACGACAUUCGAGGACGACGGGUUCAAGCCGCAGCAGCCGUCGUCGCUGCAGCAGGCUCUUGCCGCAAUGCGCAACACUGCCGCACAGGCAAGUCGCAUUGGAGGCUCGUCGUCAGAUGUCUAUUCGCGCUCUCUGAUGUGGGAUCGUGUGCCUGAGAAGGUUAUUCGUGAUUUCCGACGCAUGGUGCAAGACUUUGCUGUUCCCGUUAAGGAUGAAGGUGUCUUCCAUCCUUGA